GUUGCUGCAACCAGUAAUCGUUCGCUAAACAGUACACCGGUAAUUUGAACUUUAUAACUAAACAGCUAGCUGACCAGAUUUUUUAUUUUUACGGUAUAGUGACCUGUUACGUACUGAAUACGAUUGUAGUUUUAAUUGGAGUUUUCUCGGUUCUGUUGUGUUGCUGUCGGAAGAUUGUCAAACUGUAUUCGAACUGUUUUAAUUUCAGUGUUCCGUUCAUGAUUUGCUUCCUAUCAAACUAUGUCGCGCACCUCUCCAACGAUCGCAAACGAAUUACACGCUCCGCAGCGGCGAGGCGAAGUGGCAGGGAUAUCCCAGCGACUGGAGGAUUCCCUGCGCAGCGGUGAACUGAGCGAUGUCGACUUCGCAGUCGGCCGAGAUCACGGGGAAAUACGUAUAUUCGCCGCUCACAAGUACAUUUUGAGCCUAAGCAGCGACGUGUUCCACACCAUGUUCUACGGCAGCCUGCCUGAGCGAAGAAAGGUCAUCAAAGUUCCCGAUGUACUACCGGAAGCGUUUGAGAUCAUGCUGCAUUUUAUCUAUACAGAUCAAAUUAAUGUCACUGAGGAGAACGUGUGCCCACUGUUGUGCUGUGCGGAUAGAUACGAUCUUCCCCUACUGGUGAACGAGUGCAAGAAUUUCAUAUGGAGCCAAAUCCAAGCGGACAACUGCCUGUUUUACCUGGAAAUGGCUAUCAAGUGGUAUUGCGAAGAUAUAGUGGAAUUGUGCUUCAACAUGGUGGAUGCAUACAGCGAACUUGCAUUCAAGUCGCUGCAGUUUAGUUCGAUUGCCCAAGAAACACUGCAUAAACUUCUGCAGCGCAACACGCUGCAAGUUAACGAAAACAUAAUCUACACCGCUGUGGAAAACUGGAGUGCGGAAACGUGCAAAUGCAAUAAUCUGGAGGCGUCAGCUGUUAAUCGGCGUGCAGUGCUAGGGGAAGCGUUAUUUCAUGUCCGGUUUCCGCUGCUCAGCCCGACUGAGCUGGCAAACGGGCCCGCCUUGACUGGCCUGUUAACGGAACGGGAGCAGCUGGACCUAUACACGUAUAAAUUAGCCACAACCAAGCCGGAUUUACCGUUUUCCACGGAGCCACGAAUGCCGCAGGUUUUCCGCAUUGGACAUCUGGAAUUCCAGUCUCGGGAAGAGGUUUUUGUAGAUCAUACGGGGGUAUGGCCCGGGAUGGAAGGUUUUUGGGUCGCGGCGGAAGCGAUUGGCAUUCACCAAGCAAAAGUGGUUGUGUGUCUUAUGGAGCACACUGGCAGGGGAGCACUUCUGUUGAUGGAGCCGGGAAGGGUGGUGCGUGCUGCAGAUUUGUUGACCCGCGGCCGAGAUAUUGUCUGCCACUUGGACCUCGGACCCGGAAUCAAACGACAAGUCGUCGCCCGCUACCAAGCUCUGGACAAUGGAGGUCACUGUGUCAAAGUGUGCGAAACUGAGCCUGUGCGUACCGAGAUAAUACAGUUCCAGGACAUAUUCAUACGGAGCGUCGACGUGGAGCAAUGGAAGAUGAAACGGGAAAGUAAUGCCGAAAAAGAGAAGCGUGAGGGCCCAGCAAAGAAACGCUUGCGAAAUUAGAACUUAUUAAACGCUGACUUAGCAGAAAACUCAAACGCGGGAACGUGGCUUUUGUCAUGAGUAGCUUUACAGAUAUAGUAUUUCUUGUGAGGUUAGCUUCUGUAAUUCUGCAGUAUAACAUCUAGCUGAUAAUACCCGACUAAUGACGACUAACGGUUGAUAAUACUUAUAUUGUGAAUGAGACUAAACAGUGGCAAACGAUGGUAUAUCAGCCGUCAGCAGUGAUUUUAG